CUUGUUUUUCACCCUCAACCCAUACACCAUGUGUUGGAACCAGGUUGUAGGAUGAGACGUCGAAUUAUAAGGUGUAAGAACCUGUGUAUCCUCUUCAAGUAUGAGGAAGGAUGUAAUUUGUGGGGAAGAGAUGUAUGAAUCUCGGUUGUGGGUUCCUUCCAAAAGAGGCAGGUGUCAGGUGUCUUAGGGGCGGCGGUGGGUUGGCGAGCUGGGCCCACAGCCUAAGGCCAACAGACCCAACCAGACGACCCCCGGCCCUGCAGCGCCCCGCCCCCGCGGUCCGCUAGAGACGUGUCGCCUGCCGCGCCCCGCCCACGCCGCAGUGCCCGGAUGCGGGUGACGUGCGGCCGCCAUCUUCCAGUCCCGGGUAGCCAGCGCCAGUCGGAGCCAGCGCGAGCCGCCGCCGCUGUCACUGCCUCUGCCAAGUCCUCUGCCCGCUACCCCCGCCAUGUCGGCUACCGCUGCCACCGUCCCGCCUGCCGCCCCGGCCGGCGAGGGUGGCCCCCCUGCACCUCCUCCAAAUCUUACCAGUAACAGGAGACUGCAGCAGACCCAGGCCCAGGUGGAUGAGGUGGUGGACAUCAUGAGGGUGAAUGUGGACAAGGUCCUGGAGCGGGACCAGAAGCUAUCGGAACUGGAUGAUCGCGCAGAUGCCCUCCAGGCAGGGGCCUCCCAGUUUGAAACAAGUGCAGCCAAGCUCAAGCGCAAAUACUGGUGGAAAAACCUCAAGAUGAUGAUCAUCUUGGGAGUGAUUUGCGCCAUCAUCCUCAUCAUCAUCAUCGGUGAGUGGAGCAGGAGUGGCCAGGGCCCUUUCCCUGGAGAAGUAGAGGGUUUCCCUGUGGAGUCGGGGCUUUGAAGGUCAUUGACCUAGUUUUUACUCUUCUACCAAAACACAUUUUGCUGCUAUUGGCAGUUCUGACUCACGUAGAGCCCCAACUUGAGUGUUAUAGCCUUAUUUUCCCUUGUUAUGGGUAGUUCUGGGUAAGAUUUUGGGGAUAGGAAUACUGGGUGGUCCCUGGUGCCUUUCUAGGAACCCUUUGAGCCUAAAAGCUCAGUCUGGGGUUUCUAAAACUGGAGAGUAGAAGACAGGUCAGGCUGAGGGUCUUGAACUCCAAUCACAGGAUACACUUACUCCACUAUUUGAAAGCUAUCGUCACAUGCCAGUGCCUUAAAGGUUUGAUACCCCUUUGUGCAAUCGUGGCGUUUAAGGGAUCUCAAUACCCACUUGUGCAGUCCCUUUGAAGAAACUGAGGCAGAGAGAGAAGGGAUGUCAGUGGGGGACUGGGGAGGUUUGGAACAGGGCCAGGCCUGAUACACUGCUGUCUUUCUCUUCCUUCCCUUCCCCCACCCCCUACCCCUCCUCAUGCCCUCUCUCUCCACAGUUUACUUCAGCACUUAAGUCCCUGAGGAGUCUGCCCUGCCUAAGAAGGGCCUCUCCCCCACCCUCAGCCCGUCCUCCACCUCUCAGCCAUAUCUUUCAGCCCCCUCCCUUGGAUCCGUGUGUGUGUGUGUCCGUGUGUGUGCCCCCUGUAAAUAGCCAGCUGUUAUUUAUACAUAUAUAAUAUUAUAUAUAUUUGGUCUGUUUGUAGUUUUAUUACUAGAAGAUUUUUUCCGGUUGUCCUUAACACCCCUUCCUGAGGUUCCCAUCACCUCUCUCUCUCACCCUCUGCCCCCUUUCCUCUUUCCUGUUCAGCCCCAAGUCCCUUCAUUUGCAUCUGCUAUGCAAUAGCCCCUCUCCUCCUUCCCUUGGAUUUAACCAAUCCUUCCCCUAUCUUCCCUGUACAAUUCCAGACCCUCCCCAAACAGAGCAAACCCCACAGAAACAAACAAAACACCCCACCUGUCUAGGCUUCCAUAGGUUGCAUCUUUGUAUCCCUUGGGAGCCUCUAAGACUGGUCCUACUUGGUCCUAAGAAUCCCAAGGUUUUCUGGGAGCUUCCAACAUGUUGAUUAGCAUAUCAUUUGCAUACACUGUCUUUUUUUUUUCCCUGGGUUUCUUCCUUUCUGUUCCAUUACUCUUCACUCUUCUGUGUUUUUUUUUUUUCUUUCUUUCUUUUCGGAAGAGUUAGUUUCCAUUGGUCCUCUUAUCACACUUUUAUUUGCACGACAUUAUCUGCAGGUGGUGGGGAGCCUGGGCUUUUGGGGAACUAGGACCCCAAAGUUGCCUCCUCCCAGCCCCUCUAGUCUAGUUUGCUUCCCUUACCCCAUUUUCCACACCUCUUGUACCCUCCUCUCCCUCCCCCAGCUGGUGUGUAAGUGUCUUGGAGUUCAGUGUGUUAUGAUGGACCAAUAAUUCUGCCACUUGGGGUCUCUCCCUACAUUCCUGCUCCCCAGUUUUCGUGUGGGGCAUUCAGCUGACAUUCCCGGGGGUCUCCCUCCCUCCCAUCUGCCUGAUCUGCUGCCUCCUCCCACCAGGAGAACUGGAGGCUGACCACAAUCUGGUUCUUUGAGGAGGGGUGGCUCUAGUGUGUGUGGGGGUCAUCACUGCCUUGGGGAGGAGUGGGACAAAACAGAACCCCCCCUAAUUCCUGCCUGAAAUCUCUGGCCUCAUCCUUGCUAGAGGUUGGACUGAAAACUUUCCUCCCCAAUCCUGGGGGGGGGUAUUACCCCCCAUCACUGCCCAGCUCCUCUGACUGCCCCCCUGUAUUCAGGGUGGGGGUACUAGUCACUGCCAAUAUGUGUAUGGGACUUGCUGGAGGAUGGGGAUCCUUGUCCUUCUCUAGGGCUGCUGAGCCCUGAGAGAGAGAGAGAGAGAGAGAGAGAGAGAGAGAGAGAGAGAGAGAGAGAGAGGGAAGCAAGCUAUUUCCCUGUUGGGUACAAUGAUAGAGAAAGGAUCUAAUCUUUAAAAAUGGCACAGUUUUAGGGGUCUGAGGGUACAGCCCCUUAACCUGCCUCUUGGGGGGGGUGUUCCCCAAACUCUUCCCCCACACACACCAGGUUUUCUGUGUGGAGGGGAACCAAGGAGAUCUAAACUGUGGUGUGAAAGGGUAGGAGAGAUGCUGGGGGUGGGGGUGCUUGUGUUUUAGACCCCCAAUAUUAUCCCAGUGUCCCCUGCCUUCCUUCUUCCCCUGCCCCAUGCCCCCAAUUCUGUGGCGCAUCCAGAUUGUGAAAAUGUACAAUAAACGUGUAAUGAGUAA